GGUUGGAUUAGUACAAAUAACUUGAAUAUGAGAAGCAGACAACUAGCUAUCACGUGGUAUGCAAAUUUCCAUGUAUUCGCUCAAUUCUAGGACUAGAAACAGAACCUGUUAUCCUUUAAAACAAAAAAGACUGUGUGCUAAAAACUGAUAAAUAUGCCUUAUUGAUGAGCAAAAGUUCAGUGAAAAACAAGCUUCAUGGAGAACAGAGGGGAGUCUCAACUGCAAGAGAGACUAGGCCGCCGGUUGUUAUUCUUUCCGCUACCACUGCAAGGCCAUAUCAAUCCUAUGCUUCAGCUAGCAAACAUUCUGCAUUCAAAAGGCUUUUCCAUAACCAUUGUCCACACUAAGCUGAACUCCCCCAAUCCUUCAAAUUAUCCUCACUUCACUUUUUUCCUCAUCGAUGAUGGAUUAUCCGAAAAUAGCGAAGCUUCCAGAAAUGAUAUCAUCUCGCUUCUUACAGUGCUUAAUGUCAAAUGUAUUGAACCCUUUAAACAAGCUAUGUCUGAACUGUUAGCAGACAGCUCUGGGGAUCCAAUUGCAUGUUUAAUCUCAGAUGCUAUCUUGCAUUUCACAACCGCUGUUUGUAAGAGCUUGAAUCUACCAAGGCUUGUUUUAAGAACUGGAGGGGUGUCUUCUUUCCUGGCUUUUGCAGCAUUUCCACUUCUGCUCGAGAAAGGCUAUCUCCCUGUUCAAGAUGCGAAAUCGGCAGAGCCAGUUAAGGAGCUUCCUCCACUCAGAAUCAAAGAUCUUCCAGUUAUCACUACAUCUCAUCCAGAAAAGCUUUACCGUCUAGUAGAAGGAAUGAUACAGGAAACGAAAGCUUCUUCAGGACUAAUUUGGAACUCUUUCGAAGAACUUGAGGAAUCAUCACUCGUCAAACUGCGCCAAGAUUUUCAAAUCCCGAUCUUCCCAAUAGGCCCAUUUCACAAGCAUUUUGCAGCCUCUUCCAGCAACUUGUUAGCAGAAGACCACAGUUCAAUUUCUUGGCUAGACAAACAAGCGCCUAAUUCUGUCAUUUAUGUGAGCUUCGGUAGCAUUGCAGCAAUAGAAGAAAAAGACUUCUUGGAAGUUGCUUGGGGGCUGGCCAAGAGCAGGCACCCGUUCUUAUGGGUCGUUAGGCCUGGACUGAUCCAUGGUGCUGAGUGGUUGGAGCCUUUACCAGAAGGUUUCCUGGAGUCAUUGGAUGGAAAAGGGCAUAUUGUGAAAUGGGCUCCUCAGCUGGAAGUUCUUGCACAUCCGUCUGUGGGCGCUUUUUGGACUCACAACGGGUGGAACUCGACUCUAGAAAGUAUUUGUGAAGGGGUGCCAAUGAUUUGCACGCCAUGUUUCACCGAUCAGCUGGUGAAUGCACGGUACGUUAGCCACUUCUGGAAAGUCGGUGUGCAGUUGGAGAAUGGCCUGAGCAGGGAAAAGAUUGAGAUGGUCAUCAAAAGAGUGAUGGAGGAGAAAGAAGGUGAAGAAGUUAGAGAAAGAGUUGUACAUUUGCAAGAAAAGGCUAAUCUUUGUGUUCAGCCUGGUGGCUCUUCAUAUGAGUCCUUAAAGAGCUUAGUCAAUUACAUUUCACUGUUCUGAUCUUUGGUUCCGACAAUUGAAUUUGCAAGACUCAACACUUUUGUUAAAUCUUUGUGUAAGAUUUUAGACAGUUUGUUGUCUUGGUUUUCUU